ACAAGCUAACAGAUCAAGCAGCUGGUAUUGUUCUAUCUAGCAGCCAGCUAUAUAUAUGGCAAUGGAAGAACUACAUGCAGCUGCUUUAGCAUACUACGACAAUGGCACUCAACAGCUUCGGGAUCUGGCAGGGUCUUUCUUCCGAUCUAUGGACACCAACGGGGAUGGUCAAAUCAGCUGCUUGGAGUUCAAUGACUUCCUCCAGCAAAGUGGCUACAACUGGAUUAUUAACGAUCCAAACUUCUUCAAAAGACUUGACCGCAAUGGCGAUGGUGGAUUGGAUUUUGGGGAAGUUCUCACUUUCUAUUAUAUCAUUAAAACGAGGUACAUCAAGUGCCAAGGGUAUCGGUGCGGUGUACACCUCUGUGGUUUGUAUUUCACUUGCGUUGCUUGCUUUGACGGAUCUCAUGAGCAUUGCUCCACCUUUGAUCUCUGUCCUGCCUGCUAUCGCAAUCGGAGUUACUAUCACCACCAGCACCACACAUACUUCUUGGAUAAUCAUGUAUUGCUGCGCUCCAAACGAGGCCUCUCUCCAUAUGCUCCACCAAAUCUCAACAUGGCAAUGACUCCAACCCCGCCUCCAGCAGUUUAUAAUAAUAUUAAUUACUACAUCGCUGCUGCACCUCAAAGGCAUAGUUGGUUCCAGGUAUUUCGAGUGUUUGAGAUGGCUCUUGCUGCUGCAAGUGUGGCUGCUACUUGUACAAUCAUGUAAUGUCAUUACAAAGAAGGGUUUAUUGUUGGAGUCCAAAUUCGGUGUCUAUCUGAUGUGAUCAGACUAACAAAAAAUGAAAUGAUGUAGAAUUGAUCACGGACAGCCAUUGGAGGAUUUGAAUGCGCCAUUCUUUUCUGAAGGGAGAGAGCUAGAGGGUUUU